UAUUGUGCAAGAUCCUUAUUUUAAAAUUAUAUAAAACACGAGACUCUGAGUUGGGUUGUCUUAUACUCAGUUUACCAAUAAGAAAAUACACAUUUUAAAAGUAUUCUCGAGUAUUUCUGAUUAGGUUCUCCAUGUUCCCAGCUGUCUUCAAACGCAACCUAUAAAUACAACAAGACACGGAAGUGACGUAUAUAUAUGCUCUAACCUCACAGGGAAACGACGAACUUGACAACAAAAGGAAUACAAAUUUUUUAUUGUGUGUUUAAUCAUUUUCUGUUUAUUUAGAAAAUAUUACCAAGGUCCAUCACCUGUAUGCAUACUUUACUGUAAAGACAUUGGAGCUGGCUUGGUAAUAUAGCUGUUGUAAGCUAACAGUACGGGGCAUUUUCGCCCCGAUUAGUUCGUAUUUUGACAGAACUUUUUUACGUUAGAGACACGACUUAUCAGUUUCCAGUAAAUGGCCUGCACUUUAGAAAAAGUGUUGGGCGAUGCUCGGACCCUUCUCGAGAGGUUAAAGGAGCAUGACACAGCUGCCGAAGGAUUGAUAGAACAGUCCGGGGCCCUCAGUCGGAGCGUGGAGAGCAUGAAGGAGGUGGGAAAUGCCCUUCCAGACAAGCACACAGAAGACAGUUCAGAGAUUCAGGAGCUUACCAAAUACAAGCCUCAUGUCCUUCUGACUCAGGAAAACACUCAAAUUAAGGAAUUGCAGCAGGAAAAUAAAGAGUUAUGGCUGUCCCUUGAAGAACACCAGUAUGCGCUAGAACUAAUAAUGGGCCGUUAUCGUAAGCAGAUGCUCCAGCUGAUGAUGGAGAAGAAGGAGCUGGACACCAAACCAGUGCUCAGCCUUCAUGAAGAUCACGCAAAAGAAGUGCAGGGCCAGGUGGAGAGGAUAUGCGAGAUGGGCCAGGUGAUGAGAAGAGCUGUGCAGGUAGAUGAUCAGCACUACUGUUGUGUUCGAGAAAGGCUUGCUCAACUAGAGAUUGAAAAUAAGGAACUUCGAGACCUUCUGACCAUCAGCAAGGGAUCUGUGAAGACGAGAGAAGAAACCAACCAGCCAACAGAAGCAGCAACAGCAUGGGAAGAGUCCUCUCACCCAGGUUCCAACAACUGAUCAGAGCAACUUUAGAGUGAACUGUGGUUGGACCAGAAAAAAAAAAAAAAAAAUCAAGACCAGGAAACGGAUUUAUGUUGUCUCACUUGGGCCACUCUUUUUGUAUUUCCUUUCAAUGGAGCAUAAUUUUUAGUAAACACGAACACAGCAUUCUGGCUAUCAGAGACAUACCUAUGGGUAUAUCAUUAGGAUAACUGUUGUAAAUAUCACUAUGUACUAUCACAUGUACAGUAACUGUAUAAUCAUGGCAGCCAUGUUGGAAUGAAUUCCACAUUCUCUGUAAAUUUGAAUUAUGUGUUGUCAGUGUAUUUCAGACACAAGUUCUGGAGUAAAGACUUACAAAUGCAAUUGAGUUUUUUUUUUUUUUUUUUUUUUGCUGUUAUGUCAAAGAUCGUUGUCUUCAAGGACACAGUUUCUACCUCUUGGGUUCCCUUUUGCUAUGUAUACACAUAGAUUCACAAUGAAUAAAAUACCAACAAUAGCCCCAACUAUUAAUGAGCCAACUUGUACUUGAUUUAACACCAUCCAAGACUGUGCUUGUUGCCAAGAAAAUGACUUUUGGCUGUUUCACAUAAGUAUGCCUGCUGAGGAGUUAGGGUGGAAACUUUUUAUGACAUUGUCAGUUAAGGAAUUUGAUACGAUUGUCACAGUAUACAACAGGAUUUUUUUUCUUUUACUACCAUAAUUGUGAAUGAUGCCAGAUUAUCUAUUUGUUAGUGUCAGAUUUGGAUGUAGAGUAAUGUGUACCAGCUGACGGCACUUCUUUAUUGGUGGUAACAAUUUUGAAACAUGCCAACUUUUGUAUAUUUUAAAUUUGUGUGUACGCUGUUGUCAUCUCAGGAAAUCAGUGUUAAUUAGGUAAUCAUGAUAUAAUGACUUCACGACAAUGUACUUAUUUGUGUCAAAUAAAAUUUAAUGUAGAAACUU